AUGAAUGAGGAGCGGCUGGCUGAUGCCAGUGGAACGGACAAUGCUGAGACCUACAGUGACAAAGACACAGACCAAAGGAGUACCCCAGACAUGACUAAAACCAAAAGUUGCUUCACCCCUGAAAGCCCUGAAAUAGUUUCAGUGGAUGAGGUUGGUUACGCAGUUCAGAAAAACAGUGGGAGCACAGAGAGCCGUCCAGAGAGCCCCAAGUACCACCCGGAGCAGAACCACCUCCUGAUAGAAGGUCCCUCUGGGACAGUUUCUUUGCCUUUCAGUUUGAAAGCCAACAGACCUCCGCUUGAAGUCUUGAAAAAAAUCUUCCCUAACCAAAAGCCAACUGUGCUGGAGUUGAUCCUGAAAGGGUGUGGCGGUGAUCUGGUGAGUGCUGUAGAAGUUCUCCUGUCCAGUCGGUCUUCGGUGGCCAGUGGGGAGAGAACUACCACAGAGUCUGAUGGUCUUGUCUUGCCUUCCAAUGGGCACAUUUUCGAGCACACGCUGAGUUCGUACCCUAUUUCUUCUUCCAAGUGGUCUGUGGGCUCAGCAUUUAGGGUUCCAGACACACUGAGGUUCUCUGCUGAUUCCAGUAAUGUCGUGCCAAACCCUCUAGCGGUACCUUUGCAGCACCCCUUUCCUCAGCCACCACGCUACCCGCUGAUGCUGAGGAACACUUUGGCAAGAAACCAAUCCAGCCCAUUCCUGCCCAACGACGUCACCCUGUGGAACACCAUGACACUGCAGCAGCAGUACCAGCUGCGGUCCCAGUACGUCAGUCCUUUCUCUAGCAACUCGGCCAGCGUUUUCCGAAGCUCGCCUGUCCUUCCUUCCCGCUCCUCAGAAGAUCCUAGGAUCUCAAUCCCUGAUGAUGGGUGUCCUAUUGUGUCUAAGCAACCGAUUUACACAGAAGAUGAGUAUGAGGAAAGGUCUGAUUCUUCAGAUUCAAGAAUACUCAACACAUCUUCUUAGACUGACAUUCAACAUGUGAUAGAGAAGUGAUAACUUGCAGUGCAGCUGAACUACUGGGCCCUAAGAGGAGGGACAGGUACUCCACGAAACUCUCGCAAUUGUAUUAAAAAGUGACUUUGCUUGGUAUUGUACUAUAGCAAUAAAGACAUAACUUAUUUAAUUUCUUGCACUUCACUGGAUAAUGCCAAAUAGCAAUAC